CUCCAGCAGAUGUGCAGCGGGACCUCUGCGGCAGCGCGCAGCAACCAGCGGGCGACAAACGGCCAAAAUGUAAAGGAUAAAGUCGCCAUACGCCUCUUCCAGAAAGUAGGUGUGCAUCGGGAGGGCGUCGAGGUGUUUUUAAACGAUGCGUAAAGUUGUUUUUACGCAGCAUGGACGCGCAAUAACCUGUGCGUAAAAGUGAGCCAAAGAGGAGAGAAGUUGAAGAACGCUGGAUGGGAGGUUUUCUCGGAUAAAAUGGAUGUGUCGGUGAGUCUUUGGAACAAACUGAGAAGUUGACAGCGAGAGGAGCAACCGGUUGAUUUCCAGACGGCGGAGACGGAGCGCGCAGUGGAUGCAGCUCCUGAGUUGAAUUUGUCUGGGUUGCAGACUUUAUGUAAGAAGUAGGACAACACCGCCCAGCUAGUUCUUUCCGUCAUGCGUACAGACGUUUCCAGAAUCGUGUUGUUAUGAUCGAGUUCAGCCCUGAAGGGUCGAUUCCACUGAGCGGAGCCGCCAGCUGAUGCCGCAGCUCCAGCGGGAGUUAGCGGAAAGUUUCACAUCCUCCUGCCUGCUGCCUCUUCUCGACAUGGACGGGAGCGCGGAGUGCGUGGGCUCGGACGGGGAGAGCAUCAGCCUCAGCGUGCUCAACUGGGAGCAAGUGCAGCGGCUGGACGCCAUCCUCACCGGCUCCAUCCCGAUCCACGGCCGCUGGAGCUUCCCCACGCUGGAGGUGAAGCCGCGGGACAUCGUCAAGGUGGUGCGGAGCCGCAUGGAGGAGAAGCGGAUCCAUGUCCGGGAGGUGCGCCUGAACGGAUCCGCGGCCAGCUACGUGCUGCACGAAGACAGCGGGCUGGGAUGGAAAGAUCUGGACUUAAUAUUCUGUGCGGAGCUGAAAGGAGAGAUGGAGUUCCAGAUAGUGAAGGACAUCGUCCUGGACUCUCUUCUGGACUUCCUGCCGGAGGGAGUGAAUAAAGAAAAGAUCACACCAGUGACCUUAAAGGAGGCUUACGUGCAGAAGAUGGUGAAGGUGUGCAACGACUCGGACCGCUGGAGCCUCAUCUCGCUGUCCAACAACCGCGGCAAAAACGUGGAGCUCAAGUUCGUGGACUCGCUGCGGCGGCAGUUUGAGUUCAGCGUGGACUCCUUCCAGAUCCGCCUGGACUCGCUGCUGCUCUUCUACGAGUGCUCGGAGCACCCGAUGGCCGCCACGUUCCACCCCACCAUCCUCGGCGAGAGCGUCUACGGCGACUUCCCCACCGCCCUCGACCACCUGCGCCGGCGCCUCAUCUGCACGCGGAGUCCCGAGGAGAUCCGCGGUGGCGGCUUGCUGAAGUACUGCCACCUGCUGGUGCGGGGUUUCCGCGCGGCGUCCGACGGCGAGAUGAAGCUGCUGCAGCGCUACAUGUGCUCGCGCUUCUUCAUAGACUUCCCGGACGUGAGCGAGCAGCGGAGGAAGCUGGAGUCGUACCUGCAGAACCACUUCGUGGACCUGGAGGACCGGAAGUACGACUACCUGGCGACGCUGUACGACGUGGUGCAGGAGAGCACCGUGUGCCUGAUGGGCCACGAGAGGCGCCAGACGCUCAGCCUCAUCUCAUCGCUAGCGCUGCGGGUCCUGGCCGAGCAGAACGCCAUCCCCAACGCCGCCAACGUCACCUGCUUCUACCAGCCGGCGCCGUACGUCUCGGACGGCAACUUCAGCAACUAUUACGUGGCGCAGGUCCAGCCGGUGUACUCGUGUCCUCCGUCGCCGCCUCAGCAGUACCUCCCUCUGUCGCAGCAUCCCAUGUACGCCACCUGGUUGCCCUGUAACUAAACCGACUCUUGUGUAACCGCGGCGAUGUUUUUAUCGCUUCCUCAAGACAAAAUUAGACAAGGAGCGGAUAAAAGAAGAGAAUAAAGGAAGGAAGGGAACCUUGAUCAGGCCAGAGUUCAGCCUGUCGCUGGGUUCGGGUGCCGCGGCAGGAAGCGACCAAAGAGGCUCAUCUGUCAGUUCGACCGAAGUCGAACCCGGAGGAGAUAAUUUUAAACGAUGAACAUCUCCACAUACAGCCACAACGAGUAGCAGAGGACACACAUGAAGAUUCAUCCAGAGAUUCUCCAUGUUCCACUGUGAGAGUGUGUGUGAAUGUGUGUGUUCACAAGCAAUGCAAAAAAAAAAAGAAAAGAAAAGAGGAACUGGAUACUGUUUACAAAUCCAAAGAUCUACUUUGAUAUCAAGUUUUUUUCUGAACUCUUGAGAGAAAAACCAAAACCAACAAAACAAUGCAUGCUUUAUUUCUGUACAGGAAUAAUGUUCUUCAAAGUGCCUCGAUGAAGCCUAAAGGGAAGAGCUGUGUUUGUGAUUCUGUAUCGUAGACGACUUGUCUCUUUGAUUACGGUGAUAAUGAAUGUACGGAGGGUUUAGCGGUGCCGAGGGACGAUCUCCUGCACCGAGGGGAGCCACCGGACCGACCGGGGGUUUAGUUCUAGUCGAAGACUCUGCGCUUAUCAGCCGUCCUGUUGGACAAGUACACAUCCUGAUUACCAAAGAGGAAGUAACAGCAUAAUCUCAUCAUCUGUAGAAGCGGGUGGAGGCGGGGGGGUGAAGCAAAAAAUGCUUAUAAGAGUAAAGUAGAUUUGAGAGAAAUGUGCAGAAAAGAAGGAAGUUUGGCUGCAAGAAAUAACAAAAAAAGACAUUUCUUUUAUCCUUCUUUUGUUUUCUGGGCAUCAAAACACGAAAACAAAUUGACAACUGAAGCUCCAACCAGAGGCGAUGAUCAGCUUUAGGGGUGAAAAAGAGAGAAUCAAUAACCAGAUGUGUCGCCUGCAGCCGGAGCUGCACGUGAAGGAACCCAGUUGUUUGUUUCUUCCGAGCAAACAGAACCAGUGUUUGCAUUCGGCGUUGCUCACCAGAACGUGCUGGGUGUUUCCUCGACGCAACACAACAGGGUGUUAACAAACAUGUCACUCUGCUGCGCGGGUUUCCUCAUGCACGGGCAAAACACACACAACUCUAUAGGGAACCUUUAGGUUGCAUCACAGAAAGCGGAGCGGAUGUGCAACCGGGGGGCAACUGGGUUUUCAAAAUGUUACACUGGAAAGUUGUAAAAUAAUAAGAUUGUAGAGAAAAAAAAUCGAACCCACUCUUCAAAAUCAGCAGAACACGUGGACUGUGCAUGCAUGGAGCGUGCAUAAUUAAAGGUUAAUUGACUUUUUGCUGCAAGAGCUCAAGGAAAACCUUUCCGGGCUGAACUUGUGUGACUCCACCUGCAGCCUCGUUAGCGUAGCCGAAUUCUGAAUCAGCAUUAAAAGCGACUGUUUGCAGCACAUUGGAUCUUUUCAAGCCGAUUCUGAGCAGCGGCACAAAUUCAAAAUAAAACGACAAGAAAUUUAAAAGUCGACUUGCUGUUUUUUUCGACGAUUUAACGAGUUGUGUGACGCGAAGAUUGCCGUUUGCAAAGAUGCGUUUGCAGCCACGCCGGCUCGUUUGGAAACAGCGGAUUGGUGCAGAGCUCGUCUCCUCAUUAAAACAACACCUGAGAUUGUCCCAGAAUCUGGUCAAACGAGACCAACUAAUCGACCCGGACACUACAGAAUUGCACACCAAAUGAUCGUUUGUUAGCGUUUUCUAUGCAGCUUCAAGGCUUUUUAUCCUCCUUUAUGCACUGUAAGAGAAACAAGAAGAAGAAGGCUGCAGCAGAUUAUUACUGUCAGAGUCAGAACAAAAACCGGCUUCAUGUUCAAUCCGUGGAAAAAGUUUGUCUCCUCGAGGAAAUACUGUAAAAAAAAAAAAAGUAAAUGUACAGACGAAUAACAAUCAUUUGUAAAAGGCAAUAAACGACCUGUCGGGGUAGAACUUUUUGUGACGAGGUGUAAAUUUAUCAGCUUUGAACUCGCAGCAUCUUCUUCUCAAACGCGUCAGAUCUCCUAUUUUUCUAUCGAUCUUCUAUUUUUGUACAGUUUGUGUUUCGGGGGCCGACGUAGCGGGCGGAUUCAGAGUGUGUUUCUCUGUGUGUGUGUGUGUGUGUCGUCGUUGCUGUUUUGUUGUGUUCUCGGCUGAUGAAGAGCAGCGCAGUGGCUUCGGCGACGUGCACUCGUGUUCACUGUUUGUGCGCUCUGAGCUGUUUUUGUUUUUGUUUUCUUAUGGAUUCCUGUUGCUCUAAUGAGAUUGUUUCAUUGCUCCUCGGUGGUUUUGAACCGCGGUCCUGCUGCGGAACACGGAAACAAUGAUCUGAUGAUUGUGUUCGAGUUGACCGACUUGAUAAUUAAAAGAGAGAAAAGAGA